AUGAAAGGCUUAGUGGCCGGCUUUCGCACACUUUGCCUCUCCUUCGUACUGCUGGUUGCGGUCCUCUACGUGAUCUCUGGCUUUGCGACCAUGACCAUCGGCAGCGACCUCCGAACGACAGACAUGGGACUCAUGCCGCAUUUCGACACUGUGCCACAGUCGAUGUUUACUGCCUUCCUUUGCUUCGCGGGCGAGUGCAUUGACCGCUCCGGACGACCGAUCCCAACGCUGAUGGCCGAAGCCUACGGCCUUCCCUUUGUCAUGGGAUACGUUGUGAGCUAUAUGCUAGUCUCCAUGGGAAUCUUCAACGUCAUUCUGGCGGUUUACGUCGACAUCACCAUGAAAGCUGCCAAGGAGACCGAAGCGGUGACGGCUGAGCAGCAUGCGCGUGAGUCCAUCCGCAUCGCCCGGACGACGCGUGAGCUGCUGAAGAAGUUCGCUGCCGCUUACCGCCUUUACCAGGAUUCUGAGGCGUCGAACAAAAUGUCGCAGCUCGAUUUCAACACCAGCUCCAUACAGUUUACGGACAAUGACAUUCAUGCGCAGAUA